CCUUAACAUGCACGUCAAAAACAAAUGUUUCCAUUUAGAUCGUCACGCUAACUAAAUCCUAAUGCAUCGUCUUACGAAAUCACGAUAACACCCUUAAUCAUAUCGUCACAUGACAAAUAUACCCCUUGCAGGUGAAACGUGUUAUCCUCUAAUUGAAUCCCCGGCGGUGAAGUGAAAAGGAACAAAGCAUCAUCAUCUCCUCUCUCGUACUCCUCCUCCUUCAAAGCUCAAGGGCAAUUUCACCUUUGGAUCUGCAACUGCGUUUAAAAGAACACAACUCGAUUCAGCUACGCAAAGCAACGAAUUGCAAUUGCGAAUAGGAAGAAUUACCAGUGAUAUUCUUUGACGGAUUUGUUCUGUAUUUGCUGUAAUGUGUAAGCGCAGAUGAAAGGAGGAAAUAGUUAUAGCUUCAGAGGGAGGCAUGUUUCUGUGGCUGUAGCCUUAGUUGCUAUCGUUCUUUUUAGCACAUUAUUGUGGACAUGGGAAACAAAUCCAAUAGCCUCCACUUUGAGAUCAGCUCAUGAAUGGUAUCACAUACCUUCAGAAUUUCCUGCGGAGGUCCCAAUAGAUUCAGUGGGAACUACAAAGCCAAAAAAAGCUGUGGAAAAAUCCUUAACCCCCCCGACAGAAAAUGAAACAAAAUUGCAAGUUGGUGUCGAGGGUGCAGCAGCUGUAGAUUCUCAUCCAAAAUCUCCGGAGUCUCCUUUUAAAAAGAAAGUAUCUCCAGAGUCUCCUUUUCAAAAAAAAGAAUCUUCGGAGUCUUCUCCCAGAAAUGAAGCUUGUGAUUACGCCAAGGGUAAGUGGGUUGCAGAUAGCAGGAGACCGCUCUAUUCUGGUUUCGGCUGUAAGCAGUGGUUAUCAUCAAUGUGGUCAUGUAGAAUGACACAACGACCAAAUUUUUCAUUUGAGGGAUACCGCUGGCAGCCAAAGAAUUGUGAUAUGCAAGAGUUUGACCGAUCUAAGUUCUUGAGAAAGAUGAAGGACAAAACAAUUGCAUUCAUUGGCGAUUCAUUGGGCCGUCAACAAUUUCAAUCUCUGAUGUGUAUGGCCACUGGUGGAGAAGAGAGUCCAGAAGUUCAAAAUGUGGGAUGGGAGUAUGAUCUUGUAAAACACCGCGGAGCUAUACGUCCUGAUGGCUGGGCUUACAGGUUUACCAAGACUAAUACCACCAUCUUAUAUUAUUGGUCAGCUAGUUUAUGUGAUCUUGUGCCCCUAAACAUCACAGACAAACAUACCGACGUUGCCAUGCAUUUAGACCGUCCACCCGCUUUCAUGAGACAGUAUCUCCAUCGCUUUGAUGUUUUGGUUCUCAAUACAGGACACCACUGGAACCGUGGGAAGCUCAAUGCAAACAAGUGGAUAAUGCAUGUUAAUGGAACGCCAAAUGAAGACAAAAAGAUUGCAGAAAUUUUAAACGCCAAAAACUUAGCAAUCUACAGUGUAGUCAAGUGGCUUGAUUUGCAACUUGUUUCGCAUCCCCGGCUCAAAGCUUUCUUCAGGACUUUAUCGCCUAGGCAUUUCUUCAAUGGGGAUUGGAAUACUGGUGGGAGCUGUGAUAACACUAUCCCACUAUCAAAUGGUAGUGAAGUCUCCCUGGAAGGAUCUAGUGAUCCAGUUAUUGCAGGUGCACUAAAUAGUACAAAAAUUAAGAUACUGGAUAUAACCCCUCUUUCACAAUUGAGGGAUGAGGCUCACAUGUCGCGCUACACUAUUAGAGGAACUCUCAACUCUAGUGACUGUUUGCAUUGGUGCCUACCUGGAAUUCCAGAUACAUGGAAUGAACUCCUAGUUGCUCAAAUAUAGUGUUUGUCACAGUAUAGUCAACCCCUCCCUCUUUCUAUUAGUGUUUUGUGGGGGAUCAGAAUCUGUCAAUUCUUUGUGGUCUAGGAAGUCCUGACCAAGCAUUCUUGUGUCAAAUGUAUUUCACAAUUUACUCUCCCACUAGAUAGUGAAUAGGAUUCUGAUGUUUUGAACCAAGAGACUAGUCAGGAGUCAAAGGGCAUUAUUUGGUGAAGCAUGAGCUAAAUACCAUCUGCGGUGCUGUGCGAGAGAUGAAAUGGCCUUUAUUGAUCAAUUUGAAAUAAUUUUGUAAUAGUUUGUAUCAAUGUAUAUGUAUGAUAGUUGGCUUGAAUAAGUAAAGAAAUGGAAAAUUGUUGUUGACACA